CCGAAAUUUUUUUCAAGUAUUGGGUACCGACAAUUCAACACAUCACUAUUCGGUGGCCUUUCAUCUGUUCGUGUUGUGUAACGUUGGUGGUCCUGUCCUGAAAACCUUUUAUAAAAUGUCUACUUCAGCGGCGCGUAAUUCCCAUGGCCUCCUUAAGCGAGCAUGGAACGAGAUUCCCGACAUUGUUGGUGGAUCAGUAUUGGCGCUCAUAGGAUUGGGAAUGGCUGCUGUCGGUGUGGCCGGAUACUAUGCCAGAGACGGUGAUAAUCGGCGGUAUAAGUUGGGAUAUGUUGUAAUGCGCCCCGAUGAUCCACGCGCAGCAAAAGUUCGGAAAGAUUAAGAUCGGUGAAUUAAAAACUUGGUUCUAAAAAAUGUAAACAAAUGGCGAAAAUAUAACGCAAGACUUAAACUAUCGUC